GGUCGUUCCGCAAGCAUGUCUGCCAGCCCAUCCUUGUUAAUCGGCCCGUGCCUCGGGCCUUUCCUGAUAGGCACCAUGGCAUCAGCUAUCUUUUUCGGUAUCCUCUGUCUCCAGUGCUAUAUUUUCCUCAAGAAGUCGGGUGAAUUGCGCAGGUCCCCGCUAGCGCGAUUACUUGUCUCAUUAAUAUGGAUCUUGAAUGCCGUCAACCUAUUUUCUUCGACAUGGACAUGCUACCUAUUGUUGGUGACGAACUUCGGUAAUAUAGAUCGACUGCUAGGCCCGAUACCAUGGGGCUAUAUCUCUACCAUCGCGCUCACUGCACUGAGCGAUUGCAUUGUGCAAGGGUGCUUUGUUUGGCGUAUCUGGACUUACUCCGGGAACCACAGGAUUCUUACUGCCACUCUGAGUUUCUGCGUAAUCGUCGCUUGUGGUUCUCUACUUGCCCUAGCGGGGAGGUCUGCCGCUAUCGGGACGUUCCCGUCGCUCGCUUCCGUAAAUUGGUUAUUCUACCUUGCCAUGGGCUUUGACACCGCCACAAACCUGAGCAUCACUACAGUGUUAUCGUUCUAUCUGAGUCGGAAGCGGAGAUCACCCUUGUACCGCUGGGACCGUAUAAUUACCACACCCGUGAUCUUCAUUUUCCAAACUGGUGUUCUCUGCGUGUUAGAUGUGUUUCUCAUUGCUCUCAUGAGAAGACUUCGUCCGAACGACUUCAUCUUUUGGGGAAUCUGUAUUCCGUAUAGUACCCUGUACGCAAACGCUCUUCUGGGCUUCCUCAACGGUAGCGUUAUCACAGAAGGCGACGGUAGGAAUAAUAAACCGGGCUUCGUCUUGCGACGCUUAAACAAACCUGCAAAUCCCGGCACUGAGCACGACAUUCAUGCCGACAUGCGGCGCGCAAUAGACAUUGGCGCGGACUCGCAAGCUACGACCGAGCUUCCGCUUGCAGUGCAUGUAGAUAAAGUGGUGGAAAGGGAGAAGCGCGCAACGGCACUGUAAUCCGUCCGGAAUAUUCGAUGGUUGUAUAUUCUUCAGUGUAUAAAUUUAUCGUACUACAAGUAUCUAUAUCACAAGUUCGC